AGGUGCUAUAUGCUUCGUGUGGCACAUCCUAUUUUCUUGAUCCGCGAUCGGACUGGACCGUUCAGCUAAACAUCAACACUAUUACCCCUUUACGGCUGAUUGGAUUUCUGCAGAGUACAGUGUUGAUAAUCCUAGGAAGAAAACUUUCUAUUUCGUGAUGACGGUAUCGUAUGCUCAUUAAUUUACAGCUAGCUUUUAUGCGUAACAAUAUAGUUUUGUUAAAGUUUUGUUUUUGUGUGUGUCCUUGUCAUCACCAAGGCCAGGCAAUGUUUGCGAGAGUAACAUUCUACCCUUCACUCUUCUACAACGUUCUGAUGGAAAAAAUAACUUCUCGGAAUUGGUACGAUCGAAUAGAUGAAAAUGUCAUACUAGGAGCGCUACCGUUUCGGUCGAUGGCACAGGAGCUCACGCGUAAAGAAAAUAUCAAAGCAGUUGUAUCAAUGAAUGAAGACUACGAGCUGUGGGCCUUCUCUAAUGAUAAAGAGAAAUGGGCGAAAUUAGGAGUUGAAUUCCUACAACUUGAAACAACAGAUAUUUUUGAAGCGCCCUGCCAGGACAAGUUAUGGAGAGGAGUAAAUUUUAUGAAUCGUUUUCUACCAAAAGCAAAUAAACUCCCUGGCAUGCAGCAAAUCGACGAUUGUAAUGAGGUGCCGGGAACCAUCUAUGUGCAUUGCAAAGCUGGUAGAACUAGGAGUGCUACAUUGGUGGGAUGUUACUUGAUGAUGAAGCACGGCUGGAGCCCAGAACGAGCAGUUGAUCACAUGCGUGAAUGCAGACCUCAUAUUUUACUUCGAAGCAAACAGUGGGAAGCAUUACGGAUAUUCCAUGAAACAAAAUCGUCUUCUAAACAUUAGCCAUGUAGUUAAUGCAUUAUAAAGUAAAAUCUUAUGGGAUCGGUGUGGUGCAACUGUUUAUUAUUUUGAUUAUCAAGCAGUCCGGGAAAAGUGUGGCAUUGAAUGCAAAAUCAAUCAUACGCAGUUUUGAAUUUCGUUAUACUUUAAUUUGUCUAAAUAAAUACAUUCUAUAAUUUCA